UCCCAGAUUGAAACCUCUCGUGUGGGAGGCGGCAGGGGGCCCUCGGUUCGCCUGCCAGGGGGAAAGCAGCGGCGGGUCCCGGCAGAGGAAGACGGGCCGGGGCCCGAAGCCCGAGCGCAGAAAGGCUCCCGCCUCCGCCGGACCAGCCAUGCAAUACCAGCCUUCGGGGUCGGCCUCUCUGCCCCCUCUAUACGCGCCCACCCCGAUGCUGCAGCCGGUGCACCCGACGCCCUUCUACAUCGAAGACAUCCUGGGCAGGGGGGCGCAGGGGCCUCCUCCGCCCACCUUGCCGUCGCCCAAUUCCUCCUUCACCAGCCUGGUGGCUUCCUACCGGACUCCCAUCUACGAGCCGACGCCGAUCCACCCGGCCUUCUCCCACCCCCUGACUGCCGCCACCUACGGGAGCGGCCCCUACGGCGCUGCGGCCGGCCCGCCGCUCUACCCGUUUCCCCGGGCGGUCGGCGAUUACUCGCACGCGCUCCUCCGCCACGAUCCCUUGGGGAAGCCGCUACUGUGGAGCCCCUUCAUGCAGAGGCCACUGCACAAACGGAAAGGAGGCCAAGUGCGCUUUUCCAACGACCAAACCAUCGAGCUGGAGAAGAAGUUCGAGACGCAGAAAUACCUCUCCCCGCCGGAACGGAAGCGCCUGGCUAAAGUGCUACAGCUCAGCGAGAGGCAGGUUAAAACAUGGUUCCAAAAUCGGCGUGCAAAAUGGAGGCGCUUAAAACAGGAGACCCCUCAACCCAACAAAAAAGAAUCAGAAAGUGGAGAAAGUCUUCAGACUUCCAAACAAGAAAACUGUUUGAGUUCCGAGAUGGAUAAGGGAGCUUCUCCACAUAGGCCACAAUAUACCCCUUCACCUGUCUCCCAGGAAGAGUUGGAUUCAGACAUCUCAGAUGAUUCAGAUCAAGAGGUGGACAUUGAGGGAGACAAAGGCUAUUUCAAUGGUCCCCAUCUGUAGCACUUGAAGAUGGACUUUCCCUCUAUUUGCACUUUUAAGAGGAACUGGCAUGGCAAAAACAAUCAGUGCUACAAAAAAGGGGUUUUCUCUUCUCUUUCAGUUGGAUAGAGAAAGAGGGAAGGAAUAACAAACUGUAAAUAAUUGUCAUUGUGUUUGUCAAGACAAUCCAUUUGAUAAAGGAGUAGAUCCUUUCACGACUGGAAGGGAAUCCUAUAUUUGCGUUACUCUAUUUGUACUGGGAUUGAUUUUGUAUCCUACAGCAGAAUGUUGCAUUCUCCUCCAUGAAUUUAAACAUGAAGAUCCUUAGACCACAGGGGGAAAAAUCACAACAGGAAACAACAUGAAAAAGGAAUUUUCUGAUGUCUCAAGGAAAAUUUUACUAGUUUUUGGGAUGCAUCCUUUUGCAGAGAUAUCAUGGAUGUAAUAGUAAGCAAAAUGAAAUCAAGAGUUUGUCAUGGGAGUGUCUUUCAUGAAAAUACAUAUUCCAUUAAAAUAACCUUCAUGAGAUGGAAAAUAAUAUAAGAGACAUUUAUUAGGUGUGUAGCAAAAAUAAUAGAAAUAAUAUUAAAA